UAUUUUCAUACAUUGAAUUAAAGGAUAGAUUUCUAUGAAGUUCCUUUUCAAAAGUGGGCGAUUUUUGAUCGCCGGCGUUGUGCCAGGCAUAGAUUUGAAGGCUCACGAUGUCAUCGUCGACAAGGAAAGUAAAACCUACAAAUCGUACCUAGAGCGGAAACCCCCCAAUGAAACCGGCUUGGACAGAUUAAAGCAUAUUUUCACAGUAGAUGAAUUUGGGAGCAUAUCUUCUGAACUCAACUCUAUCUACCAGGCUGGCUUUUUGGGAUUUCUUGUAGGGGCACUAUAUGGUGGCGUUACACAAUCGCGUGUCAGCUACAUGAACUUUAUGGAGAACAACCAAGCCACGGCUUUUAAAUCUCAUUUAGAUGCAAAAAAAAAACUGCAGGAUCAGUUCACUGUCAAUUUUGCAAAGGGCGGCUUCAAAUGGGGCUGGCGUGUGGGCCUGUUCACCACAUCAUACUUCGGCAUAAUCACCUGCAUAUCGGUGUACCGUGACAAAUCCUCUAUUUAUGAGUACUUGGCGGCAGGUUCGGUGACUGGCGCAGCUUAUAAAGUUAAUCUAGGACUGCGUGGCAUGGCAGCUGGGGGCUUAAUUGGUGGCUUCUUGGGUGGUAUUGCGGGCGUGACAUCGCUACUGCUGAUGAAAGUCUCCGGUACUUCGAUGGAAGAGGUACGCUAUUGGCAAUACAAAUGGCGCCUGGAACGCGAUGAGACUAUAGCACAAGCCAUGAAGAAACAAGCCGAAAGAGCAGGCGAGACGCCUAAGCUAUUCACAGCACAUGACGAGAAGGUUGGUGAUCAAGUGACGCUUGAGUCAGUCAAGUAAAGUCCUGGCUAAAUACAUACAUACAUAGUUAGUAGGAAAAAUGUUAACUGUUUUGAAUACAUACAUAAUAUAAA